AUGGCACCAUUUCCGAUCAUAAUAUUUUGUGCAGUCGUCAUGGGACAUGCUGCAGGGCAAAACUCCAGAAACAAUGUAUGGGAUCUAGUAUACUUUAUCAGCGGUGACUGGACCAACCGAGCCCAGUUAGACGGUGAAACUACAGGUCACGACCUAUUUGACAGUCGAAUUAUACCCGUUUCUGUUCCAGCUCUACAUGAGGAAACUGUAUUGUUAUUGGAGGAUGUUAUCAACGGAAAGUUGUUUGAUCUCUAUCUGCUGGUGGUGACUCAGGAUGAGAAGGAUAAAAACCUAGUCCACGCGACUCGUUACAACAUCAACGUCACAGAGAAAUACAAACCUGGAAAGUUUAACGUAGACGAGCUCUACAAUCUUACGAUGGCUGAUAUUCACCGUGAAGAAAACUGUGUUGGGUCUUAUGUUCGACUCAGCGAUGGCGUCUUUUCCGGGACCUGUGUCAUGUGCGGUCAAGUCAUCGGCAAUCAACAUCCAACAUUUGCACUGACAGUGACCUGUGAUGUAUUUACCAUGACUGUACCGCUAUCGGUACCCGUUCGGGCAACUACUAUACCCUACAUCUUUCGACGGACCGGGCCAAGAUAUCCGAUGAUAAACGUUCCCGAGGACUACCUGACUCCAUGUGACAAAUGA